AUGGUGAAGAGAAGAGUGGAUGAUGUUUGUGAGAUGGAACGCGCACAUUUAAAAGCUUUUCUACAGAGUUCAUCGGAACUUACGAAUGGCCGAUCUGAUCUGGCUUCUCCAUCUGCUCCUCAAGCCAUGGCAUCUGAUGCUUUCCAAGGCAAAACAGUUUGCACAAGAUGUAGAGAGGACAUCCUAGACCAGUAUCUACUUAAGGUCAGUGACUUGUGCUGGCAUGUGCAAUGCCUUUCAUGCAGUGUGUGCCAAACCACUCUGAGUGGACACGCAACCUGCUACGUUAGAGAGCGAGAGGUCUUCUGCAAACUAGAUUACUUCAGAAGGUAUCGGACAUGGUGCUCGUGCUGCGGGGAAACAAUUCACUCCACAGACUGGGUGCGCAGGGCAAGGGGAAAUGUUUACCACCUGGCAUGUUUCUUGUGCUUCUCUUUUAAGAAACAGCUGUCCACAGGCGAGGAGUUUGCUUUGGUGGGGCAAAAAGUGUUGUGUGGAGAUCAUUAUGACAGUAUGCUGGAUAAACUCAAAGGUGCUGCUGAAAAGGGUGAGUUGUGA